AUGCUCGUGGAGCCCUCCACCACAACAACGACAACGACAACCACGACAUCCCUAUCCUUCAACGAGAAGACGACUCUGGAACCACCACACCAGCGGGAGCCAUACACGCCUCCACCGCACAAAAUGACACACGUAGACGACAUGCCCACCACCGACAUCACACCCACAUCCACCCCCACCCCAACACCCGCCAAACGACGACGACGCAGCAAACCCAGCAAGCCCACAUCCUCCACCUCCACAACCGUAGACAGUCUCUGGAACAUGCUCCGCAAAGGCAUAGUGCAACACCAACUCGGCCUAAGCGUGAACCUCAUGCUCCUAGUCCUCCUCCUCUACAUCGCCUUCCCAGCUCUCCGGGAGAAGAUGACCGCCUUCUUCGGCCUCUCAUACCACAACCCCACACCCACCAGCUCGCGGAUGUACGGCCAAGGACCCCGAGACUUAUACCUAGUAGGAAGUUUCAUCGUCCUCUUCACGGCCCUCCGCGCCUUCAGCCUCGACUACUUACUAUUACCACUAGCAGGCUACUGCGGCAUCGCGAAAAAGAAAGACCGCAUCCGCUUCGCGGAACAGAGCUACAUGCUCCUCUACUACGCCACCUACUGGACCUGGGGCCUGAUCCUCUUCCUCCGCAACACCCCCUCCACAGUCACCGGCCUGGAAUCCCUCCUCAUCUCCCUCUGGACCGACUUCCCCCACCUCCUGCUCGGCCCGGGAAUGAAAUUGUACUACCUCUCCCAAUUCGCCUUCUGGAUCCAACAAGUCGCGGUGAUCCACCUGGAGGAACCGCGGAAAGAUCACUAUCAGAUGCUCUCGCACCACGUCAUCACUAUCGCUUUGCUAGCGGGCUCGUAUCCGUACAGGCAGUGGCGGGUUGGUAAUGCGAUCUUAGUCUGCAUGGACCUGGUGGAUUUCAUUUUCCCGGCGGCGAAAAUACUGAAGUAUUUGCAGUUGCAGACGGCGUGCGAUGCGGCGUUUGCCCUGUUCGUGGUGAGCUGGUUGGUGAGUAGACAUAUUGCUUAUGGAGCUAUCUGCUGGAGUAUUUAUGCUCAUGUUAAUACUGUGACGAUGGGAUAUGGGACGUACUCCACCCGGACGGGGGAGAGAGUUAAUACCGAUGGUGGGAGUUUAGUGCUGGAGAACCUUUUCCAGCCGAUUCUGUGGCCGGGGAAGGAGACGGUGGGGUUUAAUGCCCGGAUUCGGUGGACGUUUCUGGGUUUGUUGGGCGCGUUACAGGGAAUUACGAUUGCGUGGUUUGUUAUGAUUGUUAGGGUUGUCGUGAGGGUGUUGAGGGGCGAGGGAGCGGAUGAUAGUCGGAGUGAGGCGGAGGAUGGGGAGGAGGAGGAUGAUGAGGAGGACGUAGAGGUGGGAGAGAUGCUGGAGGAUGAGGAACUCGGGGUCGAGGAUGUGCCGCCGGAGCAACCGAGUAGUCCUUUGUUGGAGCCGAAGGCGGCGGGUUGGCAGGUACAAGGGGAGAAGCCAUCGCCGCGGUAUAUUGAGAUCGAGGCGGAUAGUACAGAAGACGUUCAUACGUACUCGAAACAUCGGAGUGCGAAUGGUGGCGCGUCAGGGGCGAAGCGGAAAGCGAAGGGAAUCUCUUCGGGGUUGAAUUUGGGGGAGCAUAAGGAGAUUCUUAAUCGGAUUGGGUGUUUGAGUGAGGAGCAGUUGGCGAGGGAGAGGGAGAUGAGGAGUGGGAGUGGAAAGGGUGGUGGGGGUGGAGGUGGCAGUGGGAGUGCUAACGGGAGUCCGAGGCCGGCGGGUAGUGGUGGGCGGAAGUGA